GUUGCCGGAAGCUGGUGGCGGCGGGGUAGGCGGCCGGCGAGAGUCCUCGGUGCAGCUCGCUACGCGGCCGGACCCGGGCCCGGACCCCGCGGACACCGCCCGAUCCCGGUGCCAAGGAUCGAGCCCGCCCGCACCAUGGCGAGCCCAAGGACCCGGAAAGUUCUCAAGGAAGUCAGGGUGCAGGACGAGAACAACGUGUGCUUCGAGUGUGGCGCCUUCAACCCGCAGUGGGCGAGCGUGACCUACGGCAUCUGGAUCUGCCUCGAGUGCUCCGGCAAGCACCGCGGCCUCGGCGUGCACCUCAGCUUCGUGCGCUCCGUCACCAUGGACAAGUGGAAGGACGCGGAGCUGGAGAAGAUGCGAGCUGGCGGCAACGCCAAGUUCAGGCAGUUCCUGGAGUCGCAAGAGGACUACGACCCCUGCUGGUCCCUGCAGGACAAGUACAACAGCAAAGCGGCUGCCCUCUUCCGGGACAAGGUGGCCACGCUGGCCGAAGGGAGAGAAUGGUCCUUGGAGGCGUCGCCCGCGCGGGACUGGACCCCGCCGCAGUCCAGGACGCUGCCCACCGCCGCCCACCGGGCCCCCGGCCAGGCGCAGACCGGCACCGCCUCCGCCGACAAGGCCUUCGAGGACUGGCUGGACGAGGACCUCGGCUCCUACCAGGGGGCCCCGGAGAGCCGCUACGUGGGGUUUGGGAACACGGCGCCGCCCCCGAAGAAGGACGAGGACCUCCUGAGCAGCGCCGUGUCGUCCCUGUGCUCGGGCUGGAGCAGCUUCGCCACCGGAGCGAGCAGGUUCGCCUUGGCUGCCAAGGAGGGCGCUACGAAGCUGGGGUCCCAGGCGAGUCAGAAGUUCUGGGGUUCCAAGCAGCAGCCAGAGCCGGCGUCAGAACUGGGCCACAGCUUGAACGAGAACGUCCUCAAACCUGCCCAGGAGAAGGUGAAGGAGGGAAAGAUCUUUGAUGAUGUGUCCACGGGGGUCUCUCAGUUGGCGUCCAAGGUUCAGGGAGUCGGCAGCAAGGGAUGGCGAGACGUCACCACCUUCUUCUCUGGGAGAGAGGAGGACCCCUCGGACAGGCCCCUGGAGGGCCAGAGCUACCAGAACAGCGCCGUGGACCGGAGCUUCUGGGAGACCUUCGGGAGCGCCGACGCGGCCAAGGCCCACAGGUCCCCGAGCAGCGACAGCUGGACGUGCGCGGACGCCUCCGCCGAGAAGCGGAGCUCGGACAGCUGGGACGUGUGGGGCGCGGGCUCCGCGUCCAACCACAGGGGCAGCGACAACAGCGACGGCGCGGAGGGCCCAGCCAAGCCCAGCGGGAGGGCGGCGCCGAGGGCCGCGCCGGUGGACGAGGGCUGGGACAACCAGGACUGGUAGCCGCACGUGUGCGCGUCACUCUCCUCCGCCUCCUUCCCCGCGGCCUGCGGGACGCCUGCUGUGACGUGAAGACAGCGCUGGGCGGGCCCUGCGGCCCGUGCCGCCCGCCCACACGGGGGACUCUGGGCUGGGGG